AUGUUCGCCAUACGAAGAACGCAUGACAUCGGCGAUGGAAUCCCAGGACUCCACCCAUUUCCUGGCCCAUUGUCCUAUUUCCUCCCUUUCUCUCCUUUUCAUCCGGAUCUGACGCCUAUCCCUCGCACCCCUUCGUAUGCAAAUCGUCGUGCGGUACCCAAAGCCUGCGGGUCGUGUCCGGCGGGAGGAUAUCUUCGGCUACCUGAGGGCCGCGGGGUGUCCGCCCCAUCUGGGGGACUGAGUGCCAAGAGUUGUAGGGGCCCGAGGGCGGAAGGUGGCCAUCCUGGGGGAAGCCGUCAUUUCCUUCAUGAAAAUGUGUCGACGAAGCCACCGAGAACUCUUUUGUUGGACGACAUUGGCAUCGUGAUGGACAGAUAUCCAUUAAAGACUUCGAGGAAGCCAACAGAGCACCCCCGGGGAGGCAGAAGAAAAGGAGCUGGCCGAAGUGUAAGAGACCGGGAAGCCGCGGUUGACCUGGCAGGUGUGCCCACUGGCGAUUCCACGCCGCUUCGAUACGGUAGGUGAUAUAUAGUCCCAGGGUUCUCUUAGACCUCCUAGCACCCGGCUGUCGAGUUGGGUUACCUUCGCCACCGAUUGAAUAAUACCCUGAAGAUGUAGGCUCAUUGUUAUUCUGAGGAGGCUUACAGGUGCUGAUCCUCAGACGAAUUGAGGACAAAAGAAAAGAAGCUAAAGCUAGUUAUAUACGGUCAAGUCGUUCCCUUAAGAAAGUGAAAACACAUGGAGAUAAGAAACAACAUAAUAUCCAAAGAUAUUUGGUUGAACAACGCUGAAGCAGUCCUCCGCGGAUAAUAAAAAAAAAAAA